UUAUAAACCCCAUAAAACUCACAGAGCAGAAGAGGAGGAGACCAUAGACGACUGCAAUGGCGACUCUAAAAUCAUCGACUUUGACUUACUUGAUCCACUAUCUUCUCCGACAUCCUAAACCAACAUCUCCUCUUUGUCUGUUCCUUAGACCCUUUCCUUCGUCUAUAUUAACUUGUAAAUCCAAUCACCAUGACAAGGGUUGCUUCCCGUCGAUCUCCUCCUCUUCUUUACCUCUUCCACGUCCUUAUAUCUCACACUCUCACUCCUUCUCUACUCUCCUCGUACCUAAAUCAUUCUCUUCAGUUGUCGAAUCAGAACAAGAUGAAGACGACGUGUCUGUAGCCUCUUUUAGCGAGAAUAACGAUGAUGAAGAAGAAGAUGGGUCGGAGUUGGAGAGUACAAUGGUUUCCAUAAAAGAAAGUGGAAGAAGCUCUGAAAUAUCUCAAGAGAUGAUGCCCGAGAUCUCUUCUUUGAAAUUGUCGGCGAAGGAGAAGAAAAGGCUUGCUUCUUACGCGAACAGUUUGGGCGACAAACUCAAGUCUCAGCUCGUAGGCAAGUCCGGCGUUACGGAUUCAGUCGUCCUCUCCUUCUUAGAGACGCUGGAGAAGAACGAGCUCUUAAAGGUGAAAAUACACAGAACAUGCCCUGGAGAGCUAGAGGACAUACUUCUGCAUUUGGAGGAAGCCACUGGUUCAGUAAUAGUCGGGCAAAUUGCGCGGACUGUUAUAUUGUAUCGUCCAAGUCCCACCAAAUUGAAAGCUGAGGAGGAGAAAACAAAGAGGUAAUA